UUGUCUUCUCGGCACUUUCUUCACACACCGCGUGGAUAGCUGCAGAGCGCGGGAGCGUGUGUUUAAAGACAGACCCCCCACCCGAAACCAUCUUCCCGCCCCCUUUUGUACAUUUUUUUUCUCUUCUUCCGCAAGAUUUGGGGGACAUCCGUUUGGAGGACUUUUCCUAUUUUGGACUUGUUACACGGAGUGUGGAAAGUGCCGCGUGCUAACACAGUGCGAGGUAAACUUCCUAAAGGCUAAUUGAGCUUAUGACUGAAGGAGGAGAGAAGAGGAAGACAUGCGGCGAGGAUACAAGUCAUCAACGUGAGGUUUGGAUGUGCAACCAAAGCCUCACUGAGGUGAUUUGACCCUGGAUGCCAUUAUUUGAUGGCAUUCUGCAGACUGUCAACGCCAUCAGAUAUGUCUGGGUUUCUUGAGAGGCAGUACGGCGGGCCAUACUUUUCCAGUGACCCCAGAGGGUUGCCAUCCUGCAUUAACUCGAACUCCUCGCUGCUGGAUGCGAGAAGUCCUAUUAGUCAUCUGUCGGGCCCACAAGGACAAAGCUUCAUCUUUCGCAGACAAGACAGCAGUUCCUCUGAUGACAGCCAUUCCUCCUCAAAGCUUAACAGACCACUCACUGUGGGCUUUACGGCGGACUCUAAUAAAAAUGCAGGAAGCAGUAUCCCAACAGCAGCAACCUCGGCGACUAUUAGAGAAACAAAAACAGGAGGCGAGUAUGCUUCUCUGUUAACUGACAGCCCUGUAUACCUGGCUAUUCCUAAAGCCAUGUAUGGACAUAACCCCUGCUGCCAUAACCUGAGCUGCAUGAUGGGACAUCGGUACAGCGUGGCGCAAAAAUCCCAGCAAAUGCUCGCAAAUGCUGAGUUAGAGCACAAUUGGACACAAGCUGGAGUUCACAACAGCAAAAGAUUACGCAUCCAGCGGGAGGCAGAAACCGUCCAAAGUGGUUUACAGUUGGAUUCCGGUGAUGAGCAAAACAGGAUCGCACAGAGCACAAGCGAAGGAAGGACUAUGCCAGCUAGGCUUGAGCCAAACUAUGGUGCCUACCCCUGUAUGCCUCACCACUCCACGUUUACCUCUUUAAGUGAGCAGAAUUUACAGCCGUCUCCCAAAGGCUAUGCAGGCAUCCACCCCCCCCAUGCAACAUGUGAGCAUAUGACCUCAGAGAUUUAUCAAGAAUGUUCUCCAAUGUCUAAAUAUGGCAAUCAAACAAAGCAGCCAAUGUUUUACUCCCCUCAGGCCACGGUAGAAGUAAAGAACAGGACACAUUGUAAAGAUACUGAUGCAAGGCAUGGACAGUCCCCCCCUCUUCGAACACACACAAACCCAAACCAAGGGGACCGUUAUUCAUGCCCUCAGAUGCUUCAUGGUGACAUUCCUUUGUUUUUGCAUAGCACUGAAACACUACCACAUCACUCCUUUGUGCAAGGCUUUGAUUAUCCAUGUUAUGCUUUACCUGGGUUUCAUUUAAGUCAACUCAGAACCCUAAAAAGGCAACAUCCCUCACCUAUGCUGAAUUCACAUAGCAGCAAUAAUAUUUCCCCCUCAGCCCAAUAUGUAGAUCACUCAAUUUCCCCUGUAGCCAGUAACACCAGCCAGCAUGUUGGACCAUCACACACAUCGCAUUCCUUCCUAAGAAUGAACCAAAACAGUACAACGCGAUGUCAACCUGUGUCGCCUUCCCACAUUCAAGCAAGACGAUUCUUUCCCUCUUUUGCCAGCCGACACAUAGAUCAAGCUGUCUUCUCACCUCCUGGUUUAACCACAGAGAGGCUCCUGGACUAUUCAGUUUGUGUAGGUCAGGUCACUGCCCCAAAUCAGCCCAGAGACUCACCAGUUGCCCCCGUGACAUGGCUUCCUCUGUACCCCAAUCAGACGUCAGAUUGUAUCCUUGCAGCUAAUAAUCGUAACCUUCGUACAGUCAUUGUAACAGGAAAUAAACACAGUGAUUCAAGUGAUCCAUCAACUCCUGUUCACACAGGAAACCUGAAGAUGUGCGUUCCUCAUACACCUCCACUACUAAAAAUAAAAGAGGAAGCUUUGGAUUUAUAUGAAACUGACUCGUUUAAAAAGCAACAGCCACAAGAAAUGGAGGACAACGUGGUACAAAAAAAAACAUUCUCUCCCCAAUUGCCAGUUAUUGACAGUGUGUUUAGCCUGGCACCUUACCAGUCAGCAUCUCGAGUGCUACCUGUAGAAGGGGAACCUCAGAAAACUCAGCUGUCACCUAAGAUAUGUGGAAUUAACCACAUAGCGAGCACUAAAGAAAUAAAAUCAGAUCCAGAAGGGCCACCCACCGAUUUCUGUACAGAUACUCCAGUUGCAGAAACGUUUGAAACCACAAAUAUCAAAGUGGAGAAAAUAAAUCCUCCCAACGCGUGUGACUCGAGUGAAGGUUCUGUGAGUCCGGCUAUAAAGGAUCAAAUCAAAAUAGAACCAGAGGACACAACUUUGUUAGAAAUCAGCUCUAUGCUGGUCAUUAAGAAAUGUGAACCUGAGGAACUUGAAACUAAACCUUCCCCGGUAGAAGAAACUGAGUUUUCAGAUGAGCCCGAACUGCCAAGCUCACCUUGUCUGAGCAAUAGAAGGACACCACUUGAGCAGCAGGUGGUCAGCAGCACUGAGCCUCCAUCUCAGAAUCCACCUCAACCCCCAGGCCCCAAAUUUGAUAUCAAAAAUAUUUCACCCGAGUCCCUUAAGAUUUCCAACCACAAAAUCAGUCUUCAUGAUGUGAAGUUGUCUUGUUCAGCACCACAUAAAAAAGUGCCCAUUAUGAGCGUUCCUAUAGAACCAAAGAAACCAAAAGUGCAAGCACCAGUUCGUAAGCACUUUAUAGAGAUGCACCGCUCCCUCUGCAAGUUGGUGUCCAAAUGUGUGUCGGCCACCCCGGAGCAGCAGCUCAGAAGUUGGCUUUCUAAGCAGGAACUGCCUGAACGCCCCACCAAAAUCCUGAAAAUCUCCUGCCUGUUGGGGAUUAAAGCAAGACGAAAAUGGCACAAUGAGGACAUAAACUCUGCUCUCCAGGAAGUACUAGAUAGGCUGAAGGAUUACACCAUGCAGGGCUGCUGUCCUUUCCCGUACGUCAUGCGGACAGGGGACGUGUUCCUCCCAAUGCUGGUGGUCAAAGAAAUUCUUUUUCCCAUAGUCCCCGUCAACUUCGUCGACCAAGUCCUGCAAAAUCACAAAGUGGAACUGCGCCCCACGACGCUCUCCGAGGAGAAGAUCCUCCUCCAGUUCCAUAAACGAAGCUGUUCGUCCCGACUAAGGAGGUUGAUGUCGCUCAAGCAUCUGCCCAGCAUCUACACGGAUGUGCUCAACCUUUUCUAUUAUUCCACUGUGUGCAAACACUUAGAGCUUCAGUCGAUCAACAGUCCGGGGUCUCCACUGUCGUAUUUUACGCUUCAUAAUGCGCCACACAUUUUCGAUGGGAGACAUGUCUGAACUGCAGGCGGGCCAGGAAAGUACCCGCACACUUUUUUUUACGAAGCUACGCUGUUGUAACACGUGCUGAAUGUGGCUUGUCAUUGUCUUGCUGAAAUAAGCAGGGGCGUCCAUGAAAAGAGGGCGCUUAGAUGGCAGCAUUUAAACAACACCAAGAAAUAAGUGCUUGAUAAACUUCAAGAAGUGCAGAUAGAAUCCCUUUAAAGCAGAAAUUAGGCAGUUAUUAACAGGAAGUGAACAAGUAGAUUAACAAUAGUCUAGAAAGAGGAUAAAAUAACAGCAACUGUUAGUGUGUCAGCAUUGUCACAGUCAGUACAAUCGCAACAAUCCAUAAAUAGGUGGAGUAUAUACCAAUUUUAGUCUCAUAAGAUUGACACGAGAGUGACUAGAUCGUUAUUUUUAUUUGGUCCAAAUCACUUUUUUAGUGUUUGUUAAUGUUUACAAAUUCAGAAUAAUUUCCUGGACACAGGUGGACUGUUAAUGGGCAAAAAAAAGGAAUUUAAAUCAGCAGUAGAUAGUAGGUUUUUUGUAUAGUUAUUGUGUACUACUUAAUUUAAUUUGAUCAAAAAAUUAUGUGAUAAACAGAUUAAGGAACUAGUUUAAACAUUAUGUGAAUACGGUUAUACUGUCAACAGCAUGCUCCAUGAAUCAAUCAAUCAAUCAAUCAAUGUUUACUUAUAUAGCCCUAAAUCACUAGUGUCUCAAAGGGCUGCACAAACCACUACGACAUCCUCGGUAGGCCCAUAAGGGCAAGGAAAACUCACACCCAGUGGGACAUCGGUGACAAUAAUGACCCAGUGGGACGUCGGUGACAAUGAUGACUAUGAGAACAUGAUACUGUGAAAGAUCAAUCCAUAAUGGAUCCAACACAGUCGCGAGAGUCCAGUCCAAAGCGGAUCCAACACAGCAGCGAGAGUCCCGUUCACAGCGGAGCCAGCAGGAAACCAUCCCAAGAGGAGGCUGAUCAGCAGCGCAGAGAUGUCCCCAGCCGAUACACAGGCGAGCGGUACAUGGCCACCGGAUCGGACCGGACUCCCUCCACAAAGGAGAGUGGGACAUAGAAGAAAAAGAAAAGAAACGGCAGAUCAACUGGUCUGAAAAGGGAGUCUAUUUAAAGGCUAGAGCAUACAAAUGAGUUUUAAGGUGAGACUUAAAUGCUUCUACUGAGGUAGCAUCUCGAACUGUUACCGGGAGGGCAUUCCAGAGUACUGGAGCCCGAAAUGAAAAAGCUCUACAGCCCGCAGACUUUUUUUUGGGCUUUGGGGAUCACUAAUAAGCCGGAGUCCUUUGAACGCAGAUUUCUUGCCGGGACAUAUGGUACAAUACAAUCGGCAAGAUAGGAUGGAGCUAGACCGUGUAGUAUUUUAUACGUAAGUAGUAAAACCUUAAAGUCACAUCUUAAGUGCACAGGAAGCCAGUGCAGGUGAGCCAGUACAGGCGUAAUGUGAUCAAACUUUCUUGUUCUUGUCAAAAGUCUAGCAGCCGCAUUUUGUACCAACUGUAAUCUUUUAAUGCUAGACAUGGGGAGACCCGAAAAUAAUACGUUACAGUAAUCGAGGCGAGACGUAACAAACGCA